CUCUGACCCGGAAGCAGAAGUGGCGCGCAGCAGCCCCUGGCGAAGAUUAGCUCACCUCUAGCUGUUUCCAGAUGCCCUCAGUUUCGUGACCUUGUCCAAUAGAAGGCUAUUUUUACAGCUGCACGAGUUCUGCCAUACAGGAUGAAGCAAGAUGCCACAAGAAAUGCUGCCUACACUGUGGAUUGCGAAGAUUAUGUGCAUGUGGUAGAAUUCAAUCCCUUUGAGAGUGGGGAUUCAGGAAACCUAAUUGCAUAUGGUGGCAAUAAUUUCGUGGUCAUUGGCACAUGUACAUUUCAGGAAGAAGAAGCAGACAUUGAAGGAAUUCAGUAUAAAACACUACGAACAUUUCACCAUGGAGUCAGGGUCGAUGGCAUAGCUUGGAGCCCAGAGACUAGACUUAAUUCAUUGCCUCCAGUAAUCAAAUUUUGCACUUCUGCUGCUGAUAUGAAAAUUAGAUUAUUUACUUCAGACCUUCAAGAUAAAAAUGAAUACAAGGUUUUAGAGGGCCAUUCAGAUUUCAUUAAUGGUUUGGUAUUUGAUCCCAAAGAAGGCCAAGAAAUUGCAAGUGUGAGUGAUGAUCAUACCUGCAGGAUUUGGAACUUGGAAGGAAUACAGACAGCUCAUUUUCUUCUUCGUUCCCCUGGAAUGAGUGUGUGCUGGCAUCCUGAGGAAAGUUUUAAGUUGAUGGUUGCAGAGAAGAAUGGAACAAUUCGGUUUUAUGAUCUUUUGGCUCAACAGGCUAUCUUAUCUCUUGAAUCAGAACAGAUGCCAUUAAUGUCAGCACACUGGUGCUUAAAAAACACCUUCAAAGUUGGAGCUGUUGCAGGGAAUGAUUGGUUAAUUUGGGAUAUUACUCGGUCCAGUUACCCUCAAGAUAAGAGACCUGUCCACAUGGAUCGAGCCUGCUUAUUCAGGUGGUCCACAAUUAAUGAAAACUUGUUUGCAACCACUGGUUAUCCUGGAAAAAUGGCAAGCCAGUUUCAAAUUCAUCAUUUAGGACACCCUCAGCCCAUCCUCGUUGGUUCUGUAGCCGUUGGAUCUGGCCUUUCCUGGCAUAGAAGUCUCCCACUGUGUGCAAUCGGAGGAGACCACAAGCUGUUAUUUUGGGUGACUGAAAUGUAAAAUAAAUUUUCUGUGUACUUAGAUCCAUAAAACUGUAUUUUUAGUACGUAUUUUGGAGAAUUCCUUAUUUUUGUAUCAAAUAUAUACUGUAAGAUCUAGAAAUGUUCCAAUUGCUUUUUUUAAAUAAAAUGUUGAUGGUUUGAAAAAUUA